AACAGCUCCAGAGGGGAAGUGAAACCUGGAAACUUUCGUUUCUCUCGUCAAACGUUUAGUUUCAACCUGCAGCUCGAGGGUGAAAAGGGGAACCAGGAGGAGGGAGUCUGCCCUCCAGGUGGACUCGGUCUCAUUCUGCAUGAAGCUGCGGCCACCGGCGCGAUGGAGGCAAUAGAGGAGGAGCGAACCGUGGAUGAUUGUGGUGUGGUCGUAGCGCCCCCUAACGGUGGCAUGAACGAACUGCUGGAUGUGGGACAAGAGGACAACAUGCAGGGCCAGAUGGAGGAGUUUCUGGGCCCGCAGGCUCAGUACAACGAGGAGGAAGAGGAGAGGAAAUAUUACAGGAGGAAGAGGCUGGGCGUCAUCAAGAAUGUUGUAGCCAGCAGCUUUGGAGCCAUGAUCGUUUAUGGGGUUUAUAUGGGUUUACUGCAAAUGCAGCUGAUCCUCCAUUAUGACAUGACCUACCGCGAGGUCAAGUACAGCAACCUCGGCCUUGAGGACAUCGACCGGAAGAUGCUGAUGGGCAUCAACGUCACCCCGAUCAUCGGCUUCCUCUACACCCCCGUCCUCAUCAGGUUUCUCGGUACCAAAUGGAUGAUGUUCCUGGCUUCUGGGAUCUACGCACUCUUUGUUUCAACUAACUACUGGGAACGCUACUACACUCUGGUUCCAUCGGCCGUAGCCAUCGGCGUGGCCAUCGUGCCGCUGUGGGCCUCACUGGGGAAUUACAUCACAAGGAUGGCGCAGCAGUAUUAUGAGUACGCCAACUACAGAGAGGAGCACGUCCAGGAGCAGAAGAAGCUCCCAAAAGGAGCGUGCCACAACUACAUCAUCGUCUUCCAGUCGCUUUUCUACGUCAUCUUCAACCUGAGUUUCGUCUUCGCCGAGCUGCCCAUGCGUCUCGUCCUCCACCACCACCUGCACGAGAACAAGCACAUUCUGGCCAACGUGAAAAUAUGUGGAGCAGCGAUCUCCGGGGUCAUCCCCGGCUUCAACACCACCGUGCUGACCAACCUGCCCCGCUCCAUGCUGCUCAUCCAGGUGGAGAGCGUCCUCAUGGGCUUCGCCUUCCUCUCCAUGAUCAUCUUCCUUGUGCUGUGUGGCCCUGCCUACCGCCCAACCGAGGAGAUCGAUCUUCGCAGCAUCGGCUGGGGAAACAUCUUUCAGCUCCCGUUCAAACACCUGAGGGACUACCGCCUGCGACUGCUCUGCCCGUUUUUCAUCUACAGUGGAUUUGAAGUUAUUUUCGCAGUCAGCGGAUUCUCUCUGUCGUACGGCGUCUGCAUCCUGGGCCUGAAGUCCCUCUGGCUCCUGAUAGUUGUCUACGGCCUCUCCUCCUCCGUAUUCUCCCUCCUCUCUCUCUGCCUCCUACGCCUCCCUCGGUGGCUGGCUCUGAUCGGGGGCGCUGUAGUGCACGGGGUGCUGCUGGUGGUCUUGAUGGUGCUGUCUGUGAAACCCAGUUCCCCCGAUCAGCUGGGCCCUCUGCUGGUAAUCACCGCGCUGUGGGGCCUGGGCAGCGCCCUGAACAAGACCGGGAUCAGCACUGUUGUCGGUAUGCUGUACGCUGAGGAGAAGGAACGUCUAGACUUCGUCUACACCAUCUAUCAUUGGUGGCAAGCCAUCGCCAUCUUUAUCGUCUACCUCUGGUCUCGAAUGCCAAUGCGGGCCAAGCUGUCCAUCCUGUUAGCCACGUUGCUGCUAGCCUGUUACUGUUACUGGGUGAUGGAGCGCCGCGUGGCACGAAAAGUUCAGCACAGGAUACCUCGAAUCCCUCGGCCUCGACACAAGGUGAAAGGUUACUGCUAUCUGGAAGAGGACAACUCGGAUGAGUCGGACGAGUCUGAUGACGAGGGGGACCAGGCGGAGGAUGAUGAUCAGGUUGUGGAGGAGAUGGGUGAGGAAGGGGGCCAAGAUCCCGGCGCCGAGGCAGCCGAGUCACCCAGAGCCCGGAGGAGAGGGGUCGAAGGUCAGCAGCACAGAUGGGAGGACGCAGAGUAGAGGGAGGAGAGGGAGAACAGAGGAGAGAGCAGGAAGGCGGUAAACAGAUGGGAGGAAUGCUGGAGAUUAGGAAAGUAAAGAUGAUCUGUUUUCUUUGGUUUGUCCAAUCAAAACAAACAUGAUCUGAAUUUAAUCUGAAGCUAAAAUUAGCUUUUUUUGUUUGUUAUUUUUGGUCCAAAAACAAGAACUGAGAAGCCGACGCAUGCAUGGAUGCACAAGUAGAUGGUUACAUCCAAGUUAAAGAGCAAGUCACCCCCAAAUCAACUUUAUUUUUCUGAUAAACUAUAUAAAUGUGUGUCUAAUCGUGCUGCAGACACGUGUAGUCAAUAGUUUAGCACUUUAGUGCAUUUUAGUUGAAAUGUGAAUUUUCUGCCUAAAACUGUCAGUGUCGUGCCGUUGUCAGGUAAAAACUCUGCACUGCAUUUGAAUUUAAAUCUGCCAUCGCUAUUGGCUAAGAGGUACCCUAGAACGUUAGCUGGUACCAUAUGAUGUCACAAUGUCAUUGUGAGCCUGUGUGUGUAUUUGUUAGCAGCUCUGCCCUCUCGGUCUGCUAGGCAACAGCAUUUGUUGCAUUUUUCAAACAGGAAGUGGGAGUGGAGUAAUACUCUGGUAGGGGGUGACUUGCUCUUUAAGAGUCUCAAUUCACAUUUUUGCAUAAAAAAGUAUUUUUUUUUUUUUACCAUUUAUUUAAUUCAAGUCUCUUUUUUUAGUGUUAUUGAGUUAUUUGUCCCCUGGGUUCGACAUUUGGCCUUUUCCUGCUCGGUGGACAUCAGUUGCUGUUGCUGAGCUGCGUUUCAGCGAUUUUCAGGACUGAGGCUUUAAAUUUUAACCUCAAUUUUCAACUUUAAAAUAGGAUGAAUUGAAAUCUGAGCCUCUGAGGGAAAGUUUAAUUUUGAAGCAUAUUUUCAUGCCAAACAAAAACAAACCUUCACUUAAAAGCUUUCUGAACAAAGUCCAAACGAGCUUUCUGUUGCUGUUUACGUCUCAAGUCCGAUCCUAAAUCCUGCUGCUUUUAUUUGCCUGUUUUUCCAUCUCGUUUACCCAGCCUGCCUGUAAUUGGUCAUGUUGUUUUGCUUCAGCCGAGCUCUCGUCUGCAACAAAAGAGGAGAAACAUGAGAAAUAGAUUUCCCCGUUUGAAUCCCAACACCAGCUUCAAUUCAACAAAGCUUUUUUUCAGCGUUGCUGGAUGUGAAAUGUUGUUUUCCUGCAUCAGUUCUUUCUCCUGCAUUUGAGACGUUUAUCAGAAACGCGUGAAGUACAGAUGAGGAUGCAGAAACUGAAUGUAUGUUUGAACGUGUGAAGGUCAGUCAUUUACAGCUGAUUCAUGACCAGCUCAUGUGGUCAUAAAUCUGGAUUAUUGUUGGACAAACCUGUGGAGGAAGUUACGACCUAGAUUAUAUAUUUUUUGUGGUAAAUAUGAUUAAAUGUUUUUUUAUUUGCUUUUAAAACAUUUUUAUCUUCAUGUACCCCCAUAAUAAAUAAAUUUUCAUUAUUCCCA